AUGCUCCACCUCCUCCGCGCGCGGCGCCCCUCCGCUUCCUGCCUCCGCCGCCGGUUCCUCUCCGCGCACGCCGCGGGCGGGACGCCCCAUCCGCCGCGCUCCGGAGCGGUGUACGGGUUCGGCGACAACAGCCACGGAGCGGUGGGCCAGCCUGCUCCGGCCGCGGACGUGUACGUCCCCACGCCCGUGCCCUCCCUCCCGCCGUCCGUCGCCUCGGUCGCAGCCGGACACUACCACUCCCUCGCCGUCUCCGCGGCCGGGGAGGUCUGGGCGUGGGGGCGCAACGACGAGGGCCAGCUCGGCCGCGGGCUCCACGCCCCGAGGAAUACGUGGAGCAACCCAGAACAGGUGAGGGGACUGGAGAAUGUUCAAGUUCGAGCUGUAUCCGCUUCAGGAGUUGUUUCAGCAGCAAUUGGGUGUGAUGGCUCUCUAUGGGUUUGGGGGAGAUCAAAGCGUGGCCAACUUGGCCUUGGCAAGGACAUUGUGGAAGCUGCAGUGCCUUCUAGAGUGGAGGCACUUGCUUGUCAUGAUGUUGUUAAGGUAUCAUUUGGAUGGGGACAUGCCAUGGCAUUGACAAAAGAUGGAGGGCUAUUUGGUUGGGGUUAUUCAGAGACUGGAAGAUUAGGAGAAAUGGGCCAAAGUACCCAGAUACCAUCUCCACAGGAAUACAUUGAUAAAUCAGGGGAUAAGUAUUCUAGUUCAAUGCUAGAGGCUGUUGAAAAGAUGGUCGCUGAGAAAAUUCGGAGUGAAGACAGUAUGCCUAUCAUCUGGGAACCUUCUCUUGUUCGUGAAGCUACUGAUCUUGAGGUGUCUGAUGUUUCAUGUGGGCUUGAUCAUUCCCUGAUUCUCUUCUCUAAUGGUACUGUACUGAGUGGUGGAGACAACACUUAUGGACAACUUGGUAGGAUGUCAGGCUUGUCCAAAUUUCUCCCUGUCGACAUAAGCUACAAUCCAUUCUCUGUGUCAGCAAGUGCUGGACACUCUCUUGCACUGUGCCAUGUAUCAACCAAAAGCAAUGCCAAUGUUGAAACUGGUAUCCUCUCAUGGGGAUGGAACUGCAGCUCCCAACUCGGACGACCUGGCCAGGAGGACACACCAGGAUUAGUCGACUAUCUGCUUGGUGAGAAGCCAGUAUCAGCAGCAGCUGGCCGGGUGCAUUCCAUUGUUCUCAUGUCGAACGGAGAAGUUUGGGCAUGGGGAUCUGGCCGAAAUGGCAGGCUAGGUUUGGGCAGCUCAAUGGAUGAGGCAGAGCCUUGUCUCAUCGAUAAUCUGGAAGGAUUAGAGGUCAUACAAGUGGCUGCGGGGAUGGAUCAUAAUCUCAUCUUGGUUGAAUAGGCUGGGCUGCUUCUUUGUGGCAAUAUAUUAGUUGCUGCACUAUUCACUGGAGCGGUGUUUGCUAUCAACUGGAUGGGAUCUUAUGAUGCUUGUUACCAAGCAACUUCAAAAUGGGCUUCUCACUUUGUUCUUUCAGGUAAUAAUUUUCAUUUAUGUAUGCUUGUCCAUCAUGGUCAACAGCAAUGUUGGAAACUUGGCACGGGGUUUUCGCCUUGAAGGGGAAAUGUUGGGACAGUUCAGAAAAAAAUAUGGUGAGAAAAUGGUAGGCAGUUAUUCUGCGAAGUGCACAUGCCAUGUGUAUAUUCUUAGAGUUCCCGCACGUAAUUCUGUAAGUUUUGUUCGCUGUGCAUAUUUUAUGGUCUGUUUUUUUGUGGAUGUUGCCCUUUCCUACCGUCUCAGCAUCUCCAAUGUAGAGUAAGAGUAGUUACCAUUGGUUUAUGCAGAAAUCUAACCAUGUGAAAUGUUCACAAAUUUGUGAUAUGAUUUUUUUUUGUAAUAAGCAUUGUUCUCCGUAACAACUAUUCCUUCCAUCAUGGAGCUGUAAAGUAAUGUAUGAGAUCUUGAACUUUGGCGGUU